UAGGGAAGGACUCAUUCAAGAGUCUAAAAUCGAGAAAAACUUUUAGAUAAAAUUUUAACAACCAAAAAAUGUCAAAAUUCUUUUUCCCUCUUAUAAUGUUUGUCUUUGUUUUCAUUUAUUUUGUAAAUACCUCUUCCAACUCUCAAUCAACAAUUACUAGUCUUAAUUCAAAAAACAAUUCUUCAAGAAACGGCAAUAGUCGUAGCAACAGAACUGGAGUGAGUGACGUUGUUCGACCUGAUUCAACGCGUUCUGUGAAUCAACCAGGUGAGAAUUUUUAG